CUUCCCGGGGGCGCGCGGCGGGCGUGACCACGCCCCUUACGUCUGGACGCUGGGUCGCCUCGGGAGCCUCAGUAUCGCCGCCCAGAAGGAAGGAAGGUGGUUGUGGUAGGUUCUGCUAUGGUGCUGAAUUCCUCGGCAGAGCCGACCCAGAAGCGGCGGUCGCGGCCAUGAAGGCGGGUGCCACGUCUAUGUGGGCUUCGUGCUGUGGGCUGCUGAAUGAAGUCAUGGGGACUGGAGCUGUCAGGGGCCAACAGUCAGGAUUUGCAGGAGGCACUGGUCCAUUCAGAUUUACACCGAGCUCUGAUUUUACCACUUACCCACCAGCACCUACAGAAGGGCCUAAUAUAGUUUGCAAAGCCUGUGGACUUUCAUUUUCAGUCUUUAGAAAGAAGCAUGUAUGUUGUGACUGCAAGAAAGACUUUUGCUCCGUUUGUUCGAUCUUACAAGAAAAUCUCCGUAGAUGUUCCACUUGUCACUUAUUACAAGAGACAGCCUUUCAGCGCCCUCAGUUAAUGAGACUGAAAGUGAAGGAUCUACGGCAGUAUCUCAUUCUUAGAAACAUACCGAUCGAUACCUGUCGAGAGAAAGAAGACUUGGUAGAUCUGGUACUGUGUCACCGUGGGCUGGGCUCUGAGGACAACCUGGACACGAGCAGUCUGAAUUCCUCAAGGUCCCAGACUUCUAGCUUUUUUACACAUUCAUUUUUUUCAAACUAUACAGCCCCAUCUGCUACCAUGUCUUCCUUUCAGGGAGAGCUUAUGGGUGGAGACCGGACCUUAGGAUCUGGAGUACUGGCACAGGUGCGAAGUGAAAUAGCUUCAGCAAACACAGAUGAUGAUGAAGAAGAUGAUGACGACGACGACGAUGAUGAUGAGGAUGAAGAAAACUUGGAGGAGCGGACAUCUGGCCUCGCUAAGAAGAGAGUGAGAGCUUCUCUGUCUGACCUGUCAAGCCUUGAAGACGUGGAAGGGAUGAGCGUGCGCCAGCUCAAGGAAAUCCUGGCUCGGAAUUUUGUCAACUAUUCUGGCUGUUGUGAAAAAUGGGAGCUAGUAGAGAAAGUAAACCGGUUAUACAAAGAGAAUGAAGAAAAUCAAAAGUCAUAUGGCGAGCGGCUGCAGCUGCAGGACGAGGAAGACGACAGCCUGUGCCGGAUCUGCAUGGACGCCAUCAUCGACUGCGUCCUGCUCGAGUGCGGGCACAUGGUCACCUGCACCAAGUGCGGCAAGCGCAUGAGCGAGUGUCCCAUCUGCCGGCAGUACGUGGUGCGCGCCGUGCACGUGUUCAAGUCCUGAAGCCAAGGACCCCCCAGGCUCGAUCCCAGACGUUUCAGUGCACAGAAGGGACUGGAAACUUCCUGUUCAAAAUCUGAAGCUAUUUUUAAAAAUUAUUUUCACGACUAACUGGGGACAGGAAAGAUUCAUCCUAAGUUGCAGCAACACUGGUCCAUGCUGUAUGCCUGUCAGCUGGAGGACUGGCUCAGUUUCCCAGUUUCUGCUGGGCUUCUUCACACAUCUCUGAUUACUAAUUGCCGAAGUCAGACUGCUUAUGGCAUCAGCUACUGUUCUCUUUGGAGGACAUUUAUCUUGUUCUCUUAUUUCUCCUUCAUCCUAUUUUUAACUUAAACUACUCAGAUGUUUGAAACUUCUGCUCUCUUUGGAUGAGGUCACUGUCUGCAAAUGGCUGACAUGGUACACGCUGAACAGGGGCACCUCUGAAUGUUCAUUUUAUUAGUCAUGUAUAUUUUAAAUGCUACUAUUUGAUGAAUGUAAUUUUCCACAUUGUUGCUAUUUCUGCGUUUAAACGUAAUUGGGAACAACUGACAUUCUAUAGUCAAGUACCAGGGCCUGAGGCUAAACAUGUCCAUUUUUGUUCAGGUACAGCUUUUUAUAGCGAGGGCUGCAUCUAGCUUCCUUCAUUAGAGAAGUGUGUGUGUUAAAUUCUUUAUUAACGUGUAAUCAGUUUACACUUUUAUAUAUUGCAAGUGUAUUUUCAGUGCUACCCACUAGCUAGUUUGAACUUUAGGAAUAAAAUUAGGUUUUAAAAAAUG